GCGGAGUCCCCGCAGGAUCCGGGGCACGGCCGCAUUUAAGGAGCGGCGCCGGCCCGCGGGAGCCUCGCCGCGACCCGACCGCGCCUGCAGGAGCCGCCGCCAUGCCCGUCAAAGGAGGCACCAAGUGCAUCAAGUACCUGCUCUUCGGCUUCAACUUCAUCUUCUGGCUGGCAGGGACAGCAGUUCUUGCAGUUGGGCUAUGGCUUCACUUUGAUUCACAGACCAAAAGCGUCUUUGAACUGGAAUCCAACCAGACGACGUUUUACACAGGUGUUUACAUCCUUAUUGGAGCUGGGGCACUGAUGAUGCUGGUUGGUUUCUUGGGGUGCUGUGGUGCAUCACAGGAAUCUCAGUGUAUGCUUGGCCUGUUCUUCUUCUUCCUUUUCGUGAUUUUUGCCCUUGAAAUUGGUGCUGGAAUCUGGGGAUUUUCAAAUAAAGAAAAGAUUACGGACGAGUUGAAGGAGUUCUACAUGGACACCUAUAAGAAGAGAAAUCAGGCAGGUGCCAAAGAGACCCUGACAGCAUUUCAGCUCGCUCUAAACUGCUGUGGCGUUACUGGAACUAUCGAGCAGCUGUUCAUGGAAACCUGUCCGAAAAAGACUCUGACUGAGUCACUCACUGUCAAGUCCUGCCCUCAGGCCAUCGACGAGGUCUUCAAAUCGAAGUUCAACGUGAUUGGAGCAGUUGGCCUUUGCAUUGCUGUGAUGAUGAUUAUUGGCAUGAUAUUCAGUAUGAUCCUCUGCUGUGCCAUCCGCAGGGAAAGAGAGAUGGUCUAAGAGCUACAGACCCAACACUCCUGCACUAUAAAAUCUUUGUCAUUAACUUUAGUGUUCUGAGAGCAUUUCUAAAAAAGUUAUAUAUUUGUUACCUUUUUAAUGCUUUAUUUGGUACUGAUGUAGGUUUUGCUUUUUAUGUUACAGGUUAAAAUGAUAAAGGUUUAUCUGACUCAAGACAAAUAUUGUACAUAAAAUAUCUGACUUUCUUGAAACUUAACAUAAUUUGGAUGUAAUUUAUGUUGGAGACAAUUUGAUACUUAAUAAAGAGUAAGAUGUAUUGUUUGUGGGGGAGGAGAGAUGUUGCUAUGUUGAUUAAUCCUGCUGUUUGAUGCAUAGCAUGGAGUGGAACUUGCAUAACAAGUAUUAAGUGACUAGGGCUUUGGUACAAAGCAGGAAAUAACUCCAAUGUCAAUGCCAUGUUUGAAGGGAAUUCCAAGGAGUGGGAGGUGCUGUCAGAGCAUGUUAGGGAAGGCUUGGCCAUUCCUCCUUUCCUUGGCGUGUGUGUGUG